AUGGAAGUUCAUAAAAUUUCAUGCAUAGGAGCAGGGUUUGUAGGUGGUCCCACUAUGGCUGUUUUUGCUUAUAAAUGCCCAGAUCUUCAAAUAUCCUGCCUUGAUCUCGAUCCCGAGAAAAUUUCUCGUUGAAAUUCUAAUGAACUUCCAAUUUAUGAAUCAUGCCUCCUUGAAAUAGUUCAAAAUUGUCGUGGCCGAAAUUUAUCUUUUUCAAACGAUGUUUCUAACGAAAUCAAAAAUUCCAACAUAAUUUUUAUCUGCGUUAAUACUCCUACAAAGACUUACGGAGAAGGUGCAGGCUGCGCUUUUGAUUUGACUUAUUUAUUACUUAUUAUCUAAAUGCUGCUUAUAUCUAUUUUUUAUAUAUAAAUAAUAAUAUUUUAUUAAAUAAAAUGGUUAUUUAUAAUAAAAAAGAGUAGAAAGCUCAGUGAGAUCAAUUGCAUCAGUAUUAAAGGAUUGCACAGAUAAAAAAAUCAUCGUAGAAAAAUCCACAGUCGCUGUAAGAACUGCUGAAAUUAUUGAACAGAUUUUGACCCAUAAUGCCCCUGGACUUGAUUUUUCAGUUCUUUCGAACCCCGAAUUUCUCGCUGAAGGUACUGCUGUUAACGAUUUAUUAAACCCAAGCAGAGUUCUUAUAGGUGGAAAAAACGAAGAAGCCAUCGAAACCUUAUUCCCCCCCUCCGUGAGCGAACAAAAUCGUUUAGAAAAGUCCCUAUUUUGAGUAAAAGCACAUACUCCGUGAGCCAAAAAAUUUUGUAUAUAUAAUAAUAAAUAAUAUAACGAAAUCUCUAGCUAAUUCUAUUGAAUUUUAAUAAAACAUAAAUUUUGCAAAUUCAAUUAAUUUUUACUCUCAAUUUUUGCGAAUUGGGAGUUUUUUAAAUUUCAACAAAAAAAUUAAACCCUGUGAGCAUAUAAUUUUUUGUUUGCUCACAGAGAUGAGGAAGCUGGCAAAUCUCUAUGCAAGAUGGGUCCCAAGGACUAAAAUUUUGACUACAAGCUUAUGGUCUUCUGAAUUAGCCAAUAGCUUAGCUUAAAUUAUUAUAAAGAAGCUUAUAGCCAGCAAAUGCUUUUCACAUUCCUUGCAUCGUGCAAUCCCCAUACUUGUCUGUCUGAUUUCAUAGCCUAAUUCCUAUGCUGCUUCCUCCGGAUGAGUGCUUGAACCACAACCGGAGGAAAAGACGCGGGUUAAAGUGCCAUACGUCAACGGGGUUAAAAAAUUCAAAAAGUGAACUUUCUGUCAGGAUGAAAAGUGCAAUUCGAGGUGAAACUUCGGCAUCGUGCUUGAAAAAUGGCCAGAUGGCCAAAAGAACGCCUUCUAGCUUUGUUGGGCUAUCCCUUUCCAACUUCCAAGGUGCAGUCGGUCAGCCCAAUAUUGCACUCCAUCACCAAGUAAAACCUGCCGAUACGCCCACACAUUGCUAUUCCUUUCACAAAGUCCCAAUCUCCCGUCUAGCUUUAGAUGCUAAGAGGACAGGUUGUUUCUCCACUCCAUUUUCAUACGUGUCCUUCUGAAUUAUCCAAACUUUGUAGUAAUGCUAUGCUAGCCCAAAGAAUUUCUUCUAUAAACAGCAUAAGCGCUGUUUGUGAAAGAGUUGGAGCAGAUAUAGACGAAGUUUCAACAGUAAUAGGAACAGAUGAAAGAAUAGGAAACAAAUUCCUCAGGACAAGUGUAGGAUUUGGAGGAUCAUGCUUUACCAAAGACGUGCUGUGUUUAGUAUAUAUCUGUGAAAGCAUUGGGCUUACUGAUGUAGCUAAUUACUGAAGACAAGUAAUUAUAAUGAAUGAGUUUCAGAGGAAUAGGUUCACCAAAUGCAUUAUUACCUCGAUGAAUAAUACAUUGAAAAAUAAACAUAUAGCGAUGUUUGGGUUCGCUUAUAAGAAAAAUACUGGUGAUACAAGGGAAACUGCUGCCUGCUAUGUGGCAAGUACUUUAUUAUGCUAGAAUAAAUGGAUUUCUUAAUAAAUAAAAAAUAAAUUAAUAAUUGUUAAGGUAAAUUUUGAAUUAAAUAAUAACAAUUAGAGCAAAAAUGGUAUAGAAGAAGGAGCGAUAAUCCAUGUGUAUGACCCAAAGGUCACUAGACAAAUGAUGCUAAAUGAGAUGAAUUUACACAAAUUUUUAGAUUUUAUAUCAGCUGAUAAACACUUAAUUACUGAAACCAACCCAUAUGAAGCAGUAAAAAACUCAAGUGCAAUUUUAGUGCUUACUGAGUGGGAUUGUUUUAAAGACUUUGAUUAUACUAGGAUGUUCCAAGAUAUGCUGAAACCUGCAUAUAUUUUUGAUGGGAGAAACCUAUUAAACCACUCCGCAUUAAGAGAAAUUGGAUUUCGGGUAAUCGCACUCGGGAAAAGUGAUUUCAGAGACUUUAGAUUUUGCUAA